AUGUCUAGAUCAAAUCCUUUUCGCCCUAGAAAUCAGGGCAAUCCCGCAGAUCCAUUGCCUACCAACUCGGGCACUUUUGUCCCUGUUUUGCCUCCCAAGCCUUUAUCCACUCCACCUAUAGCCCUGAACGAUCAACGCGGGAAGUCGUCUAUAUCGCUCGAACGCGAGGUAGACGACUCGAGCUCCUCGGACGAAGAGACAAACCCGUUCAAUCUGGUUGUGUCUGCGACCGAUAGUGAGGAGGAAAGCAAUCGGCACAAGAGCCCAGCUCCCUAUGAGAUUGAUCGACCGGAAUCUCUUGGGUCAGCUCCACACCAAGCUCCAUCAGCAGAUGGGUCCCCAAUAUCACCCGACCACAACAUGCGGUCUGCAAUAGCUGCAGACAGCUCCUAUGCAGGACGUCCUGCAGCACGGUUGUCUCUAGAGCUUGACGGAAGCAGCCCCCUCGGCCGAGUCAAAGACAAGAAGCCGCCGCCUCCGCCUAGGAGUCAUCACGGCCGCAGAAUUGGCUCUACAGCCACCGCAGAAUCCUCCCAGACCGUCCGGUCUCGGUCUACUAACCGUCUGUCAACCUAUGGCUCCUCUGGGAAUGUUACGCCCGGCGCCUCGCAUCCCAGCUCGGUAUCUCUAUCAGCGACUACGGACUAUUUCUCGGUCCCUGAAGCGACAGGGUCGACGGACUCGCUUCAGCGCAGCCAGUCUCAGCAUAAGCGUCCUCCGACGCCACCUCUCAGUCGACGGCACAGCCAGAUGCGGAGAUCCAAGUCUAUACAGUCCAAAACUAGCAGCAGAUUAAAUAUUUCUUACGACUCGGAGAGCAAUGAUAGCUCUUUGCCUCCCAGUCCGGGCCCUUCCAGUCGGGCACCGGAAAACAAGAGAAUCAGCAUGCCUCCGUCAUCAUCGGGAGAUUUCCAGGCGACUGCCCCGUUGGGAGAUAUCUCGCUGAACCUGUCUCCCCCACUAACUCCAGACCAUCAUCACUGA